UACGGUCCAGAGCGCUCUGGAACACCGCACCACUCUCCAGAAACCACCACGUCCUUCUCUUCUUCCUCCCCUCCCUUCCCUCGUGACCUCACCUGAAUUUAAGCACGCGCCACCGCCACCAUUUCCCUGCAUCUGCACUGAUCACCGUCUCACCUCACCACUGCUUCCAUCAGCUACUACGACUCCGGAGCACGAACGAUGCAGCACGCCGCCGCGGUCUCUAACAACCUUCACCCUGCCGUCGCCACCACAUCGUCCCCUGCUCCUCGUCGUGCGAGCUGGCCCAAUGCUCGACCCUCGUCGUCGGUAAGGGUACGUUCCUCCUCCUCCUCCUCCAUGAGGAACGGCGGCGGCGGCAAUGGCUCUGCCUCCACGGAUAGCCUGGACCACCUGCAGAGGGCGUCCAUGGCCAGGCAGCGUCAGCAGCAGCAGCAGCAGCCGAGGCCUAGAAGGGUCAUCCACACCACACCGUUCGGGCUGUGGGACAGCUUCCCGGAAGCGAGGACGCUGGACCAGAUGGUGCGGACCAUGGAGCGCCUCAUGGACGGCGACGACGACGUCCGCUUCGGCGUCGUCGUGCCGGCAGCGGACGCGGCGGCGGCGGGGGCUCCCACCGCCGUGCCGCGCGCCGACCACGGGCGGCGGGGGCGGACGCCGUGGGAGGUCAGGGAUCGCGCGGGGGAGUACCUGGUCCGGUUCGACAUGCCGGGGAUGGCGCGGGACGACGUGCGCGUCAGCGUGCAGGACCGGACGCUCGUCGUGGUCGCCGAGAAGAAGCAACCUGCUGCUGGCGCUGAUGAGAAGCAGGAAGCGGCUGGCAGUGGCUACGAGGAGGAGGAGGGGGAGGCGUGGCCGGCGGCGAGCUUCGGGCGGUACAGGACGCGGGUGGAGCUGCCGGAGAACGUGGACGUGGAGAGGAUCGCCGCCGAGGUGAAGGACGGCGUGCUGUACCUCACCAUACCCAAGCUGUCGGCGGGCGGCAAGGUCGUCAACAUCCAGGUGCACUGAAGUCACAGUCGCGAGCUCUGCCUCUGAUGAAUUCUGAGGCGGAUCAGGAUCAGAUUCAGGACGGACGACGAGCACCUGCUUCGUGCUUCUGGAUGGGACGAGAAGCGACAGCGAUCUACUACUACCACUCUUCGUCGUCUUUCUAUUUUGUUUUUGUUUGCUAGCUACACAUGGUGGAUUUUGGUACUACAAGGUGGAGUUUUUGAGCUGUUUGGAACAAAUUCCAGAAUGAAAGCAAGAGCUUUUAAUCAAAAGCUCUAUCAAUUAUCAAACGUGUGUGCACGAGAACAAGAGCCUUUUUAUUCAAGAAAGAUCAAAA